UUCUUCCAACCUUAUUCAGUUCAACCAGCUACCCAGUCAUGAAAACCAUCUUCGUUCUCGCUGCUCUGGUAGCAUUCGCUACCGCCUCGGCUAUCCCGGACAGUCGUGCCCUGAAGGACGAUUUCCAGGAAUUCGUCGAUCUUGUGCCAGUUGACAAAUUGGUCGGCGUAGCUCUUCAAUACCUCGUUACCGAUAAGGAGUUCAAGGAAUUCUUCGGCUACCUGCAGGGAGCGGAAUUCUCCGCCGUUUGGGAUCAAUUCUUCGCGCUGAAGGAAGUCAAGGACGUGCUGAACUACCUGGAAGAUGCUGAUUUGGCUGUGUACGAUGCCUUGAACACGGUUGCCGAUUUCCUUGGACUGCACCAUGUUAAGCCUGCUGUCAAGAGCUUGAAAACGGGAGGUGUGACCGGAUUCGUCGAUGAAGUGUUUGAUUUGUUGCCGUUGAAGAAAUUCGAAGCUCUAUUCGAGGAGAAGCUGAAGACCAGCCCCGAGUUCAAGGCUUUCUUCGAGAAGUUGCGCAGCCUGGAUUACCAUAAGUUUGUCGAACUUCAUGAUAACUCCAAGGAAGUUCAGGCAUUCUUGCAGAAGCUGCGAAACUACGGACUGGACGUUGAUGCAUUCUUCGAUCUCGUGGCCGGAUUCUUCGGUUGGGGAAAAUACUAGAAUUUGAAACGUUGGAAAACUACAACGUAGUUGAACUGUUCUAAUUGUAUGAAUAAAAAGUGAUCAUCUAAUGUAAAA